GAAUGCGGAUUUCGAAGCUAAUAAGAAUAGCUAGCCAGUAAGCUAAAAACAAGGUUCUUGUUGUUAGGCUUUAAACUGGAAAAAUGUCUAAAACACACUCACAACCCCCGUCAUCUUCGGCAGCGACGAGUACCGGGGGACCCUCCUCGUCCUCAUCGUCUUCACCCGCAGGGGGCUCGACAUCUCCCGCAACCGUGUUGAACGUACAGCCCGAGAAACCUCAACAUUACACAUAUCUGAAGGAAUUCAGAACUGAGCAGUGCCCCCUGUUUGUGCAGCAUAAAUGUACACAACACAGGCCCUUUUCCUGUUUUCACUGGCACUUCCUGAACCAGCGGCGCCGCAGACCCAUCCGCAGACGGGACGGGACGUUCAACUACAGCCCAGAUGUUUACUGUACCAAAUAUGAUGAGGGAACAGGCACCUGCCCUGAUGGAGACGAAUGUCCGUUUCUACAUCGGACAGCAGGUGACACAGAGCGCAGAUACCACCUCCGCUACUAUAAAACGGGAUCAUGUAUCCACGAAACCGAUGCAAAAGGCCACUGCAGCAAAAACGGCUCCCACUGUGCCUUUGCUCAUGGAUCACAUGACCUACGCAGCCCUGUCUAUGAUAUCAGAGAAGUGCAGGUGAUGGAGUCUCAGGGAGGCUCGGGCGCCUCAGAGGGAGGUGGAGGAGACGGGCAGUCAGGACAGGCAGCAAGUACUGCCCUCAUAGAGAAGAUCCUGAGUGAGGAACCACGCUGGCAAGAUAACAACUACGUGUUGUCGCACUAUAAGACAGAGCUCUGUAAGAAACCACCUCGUCUGUGCCGUCAAGGUUAUGCCUGUCCAUAUUACCAUAACAGCAAAGACAGGAGGCGCAGCCCGCACAAGCACAAGUACAGGGCGUUGCCGUGUCCGGCUGUUAAACAGAGCGAGGAAUGGGGAGAUCCCAGUAAAUGUGAGGGAGCAGAGGGAUGUCAGUAUUGUCACACAAGAACAGAACAACAGUUCCAUCCAGAGAUUUAUAAAUCCACAAAGUGUAAUGACAUGCAGCAGUGCGGCAGCUGUCCCAGAGGGCCCUUCUGUGCCUUUGCUCAUGUUGAAAAGCCCUUAGUUCUUGAAGAACCAUCGUUCCCCACCCCCAGCUCCCCUCCGCCCCCCAGACCUCCAGACCCUCUCCCUACCCAGGAGGCCUCUUCAAGUCCCAGCGGACACAGCAUGGGACCAGGGUCCGGUUCUGUUUCAGACCUCUUUUCACCAUCUGCAGGGCCAUGUGUAGCGGAGCAGGGGCUGCUGGGUAGCGUCGUGUCCUUGUGUGAGGACAUGAGCGGUGGAGCUGAGCCUUUGUCGCCUUGGGCAGGAGAAGGAGGGUACGGCAGGGCACCUGGAUUCGAGAGGGAGGAUCAGGCCAAGCAAAGGAGUUUUGCUCUAGAGCAGCGCAGCAGAGAAUUGGCCUCAGCACAGAGCAAACAGGACUUGUUGGUGUUUUUGCCGGUGGGCAGCCCUUUGAGUCUGUCCUCCAGCAUCCCCUCCAGUCUGGCUGCCACCCCGCCCAGCCCCGCCCCUCUCGGACCCCCGGGAUGUGGCAUCUCCUCAGGCAUGAAUGCUAACGCCCUGCCAUUUUACCCCACCAGUGAGACUGUGGAGUCAGUUGUUGAGUCUGCUCUGGAUGAUCUUGACCUGAAUGAUUUUGGUGUGUCAGCGUUGGAGAGGAGGUUGGAGGGCAGCUCUGCUCUGCCCAGUGUGGGAAUUAUGCUGGGUGGCAGCCAGCUUCAGAGUUCUGCCCCGGUCAAUAUCCCAGGAUCUUUUAGCAGCUCUGCUCCUUUCAGCUCCCCUUCACCGUCUCCUCCAAUCAGGCCGCACGCAUCACCGUUCUUUUCUGCUCACCUGUCGCAACCUGGCCAAUCAGAGAGCACCUUCUUAGGGCCGUCUCAUAGCUCUUUAGGUCUGAAUGGUAUGAGCACUAACAUCUGGGAGCACUUUCCAUCAGGCCAGGGUUCCCCUGGUACACCCCCCACCCUGCUGCCCUCUGGCCCCUGUGCAGAGAGUGCCAGGCUCAAACAGGAGCUGGAGGAAGCUCAUAGGACCCUGAAGCAGUGGGGUCACAGUUGGAGACACACAGCUCAGUCGUGGGCUGCACUAAAGGCAGAUGCAGAGGAGUCUCGGGCCCACGCAGCACGAUUAGCCAUGGAGGCAGAGAGAGCCAGGCAGGCUGAGGAGGAGGCGCAGAGACAGGUUAAUCUCCUGCAGGAGGCACUGGAGAGCUUAAGGAGCGGAGACAACCCCCAUCUAGCACUGCACCAACUCCAGCUACUACACAGACUGCCCCUGGAGUCAGUCCUCAGUUUGCAGGCUCAGCUCUGUAGCUGCUUACAUGCAGUAGAACAGGUGGUGUACAGGAAGCAGAGACAGUGCUGUGUGACGUGUGGAGAGCCGGGCUCAGUGUCCCUGCCCUGUGGCCAUGGACUACAGUGUGAGAACUGCUCCACCUCUACCGAGUGCCCGCUCUGCCCUGAACAGACCCUGGAGCAACAGCUGUCCUGACCCCACAGCCCAGUCGGACCAUCGCAGAUUACAGACCGGUCAGUCCUGAUUCCGCAGAUACCAGCCUUGGAUCUCAGCCGCCAUUGAGAAUUAUGUCGAGGUCGUUUUAUAACGUGGUAACAACACAAGCACUGAUCUGGUUUUGUAUUUUUAAGAUGACGUUUACUGAUAAAUGACCAGCUUUAGUGAGCGCCGGUCACUAAGUGAAAGCUGUUAAUGUGGAAUUUAGGAUUUAGAUAAUAAUAAUUUUUCCAUUGUUACCCAUGGAACACCAGUACAUUUUACUAGUUAUUGCUUUUGACCAGAAACACUGUUCUUUACCCCUGUUUUUGAUUUGUGAAAGUAACUUAAAGACCUGCUGUUUAAUUCUUCGCUAACCCUAACUAUGAAACAUUUACAUAUAUAGUUCUAAAUCCUAUUUUGAAAUAUUUUAAAGCAUAAGCUCACCCUAAGGGAAACAUAUCUGAGUGUUAUCGCUCCAUCUGGAUAGUUUCAGUGUGACUUGCUGAGGUUUAAAGAUGUAACUUCAACAAAGGUCAAAGGCAUUUGUUUGUAUUUUGUCACUCAUAUUGAUGUUGAACAGUUUGGUCUCUCUCCAGAAAUUGAGACAGUUACUCAUAAUUCACAGCUCAGAGUAUUUUCUACCAAAGCACAGCCACUAACUGUAAAUGCAAUAGAUGGAUGAAGUAUAUCAGUACGUAUGGAUUAGACAGAUAUGCUUCGUGACAACAUAGACGUGAAUGUGAAACUACUCUGCUCUUCUUGGCUGAGGUGUAAAACUAAGCUGGGCUUGGUGGUUCACUCUGCUGUGUGUUUACAUCUUAUUAAGGGCAUCAUGAGUAACUGUGCGGUAAUUUCUGGAGGACGAGGCUGAUUUACAGCAAAGAACUCGAAACUGUCUAAAUGGGUGGAUGAUAUGCCAGAUUUAGCAGAUUUUUAAUUUUGAUUUCUGACGAGCUGUCUUUACAAAAUCCACAGGUCUGACUGAAAAUGUUUAAAGGGCAUAUUUAGUUUCAUCCAGACAAUAAUCCUAUAUUGCUACAGCCAAAAGGGGGCCAUCAUACCAGUCUGCUGGUAGCGCUUGUCUAGAUUAUAAUGAAUUUGUUGUUUAAUUUUGAUUUCCUUUUUUUAAAAUGUAUUUAUUUUUUUUAUUUUGAUUGCUUUUUUUUUAGCAAAAGAAACUGUUGAAUAAUGACAAAGUAUUUAAAAAUGUAGUACUAUUUGUU